CACGACACCAUGCCAGACUCGACAAAGAAGGCCACCAAGAGCAAGUCUUCGAAACAAAAUCUCAAUCCCGAGAAGAAGAAGAGGAGCAAGACCACCCCCACACCCUCUCCCCGACCCUCCAAAAGUGCCAAACUUGUGGAAAUCAACGACGAUGAUGAUCCCAUGGCCGCGCUCGAAAAUGAACAAAACGAAGAUAAGGACCCGAUGGAGGCACUAGAGGAGGAGCAAAUCGUGCCCAAAAUGGCCGAUGAGUAUGAAGUGCAGGCUGAGAGAGAGGUCGCCGCGGCAAAGGAUUCACUGGAUAGCAGCGGUGACAAGGAGCCGUUAAAACUUGUGCAUCAAGUCCGUCACCAAGUUGCCAUCCCUCCCGAUUACCCCUACGUUCCCAUCAACCAACAUAAACGUCUCGACCCUCCUGCCCGAACCUACAAGUUCGAGCUUGAUCCUUUCCAAUAUGUCUCUACUUCUUGUAUCGAACGAAACGAGUCUGUUCUGGUGUCUGCGCAUACAUCGGCUGGUAAGACCGUUGUCGCCGAAUACGCCAUCGCCACUUGCCUGCGCGAAGGCAAGCGAAUCGUCUACACAAGUCCUAUCAAGGCUCUGUCGAACCAAAAGUUUAGGGAGUUUACAGAGACAUUUGGAGAUGUCGGCCUGAUGACUGGUGAUGUGACCAUCAAGCCUGAGGCUUCGUGUCUGGUCAUGACGACGGAAAUUCUGAGGUCUAUGCUGUAUCGAGGCUCAGAGGUAAUGAGGGAAGUUGCUUGGGUUGUCUUUGAUGAAGUGCAUUACAUGCGAGACAAGGGUAUGUCUACUCCACUAAUAGAAACUACGCUCACCCUUCGCAGAGCGAGGUGUCGUCUGGGAAGAAACCAUCAUUCUCCUGCCCCACUCGGUCCGUUACGUCUUCCUCUCCGCCACCAUCCCCAACUCUAUGGAAUUUGCCGAGUGGAUCACACAAACGCACGAACAACCGUGCCACGUUGUCUAUACCGACUUCCGUCCAACCCCCUUACAGCACUACCUGUUCCCAGCUGGCUCCGAAGGGAUCUACCUCGUGGUGGACGAAAAAAGCAACUUCAGGGAUGACAACUUCCAGAAGGCGAUGGCCUCCCUCGCCCAGGGGCAGGGAGAAGAUCCUGCGGACCCCAACAGUGGGAGAAACAAGAAGGGUAAAACAAAGAAGGGUGGAGCCAUGAAGGGAGAAACAUCCGACAUUUACAAAAUUGUCACCCUUAUCAUGCGCCGCAACCUUAACCCCGUCAUCAUCUUUGCCUUCUCCAAGCGCGAAUGUGAAGACCUCGCCAUGCAGAUGCAAAAGUUCGACUUCAACACGCCGGAUGAAGCCUCCACGGUGGCGCAGGUGUUCGAGAAUGCGAUUGGGUCGCUGUCGGAGGAUGACAAGAAAUUAUCGCAGAUUGAGGGCAUCUUGCCGCUUCUCAAGAGAGGUAUUGGAAUCCACCACGGUGGUCUUUUGCCCAUUUUGAAGGAAGUCAUCGAGAUUCUCUUCCAAGAAGGUCUUAUCAAAGCCCUCUUCGCCACGGAAACAUUCUCUAUCGGUCUUAACAUGCCCGCCAAGACUGUCGUGUUUACAAGUGUCCGCAAGUUUGACGGUAAAGACUUCCGAAAUCUUUCUGGCGGUGAAUACAUCCAGAUGUCUGGUCGUGCCGGUCGACGAGGUCUUGAUGCCCGAGGUAUCGUCAUCAUGAUGUGCGACGAGAAGAUCGAGCCAGAGGCUGCCAAGGGCAUGGUCAAGGGUCAAGCGGAUAGGCUUGACUCGGCGUUCCAUUUGGGAUACAACAUGAUCAUCAACUUGAUGAGGGUCGAGGGUGUUAGCCCAGAGUUCAUGUUGGAGAGGUGUUUCUUCCAAUUCCAAAACUCAAUGAGCGUGCCAGUGUUGGAGAAGCAAUUGAAAGAGGCUGAAGUCGAACGUGACGCCAUCGCCGUUGAACGCGAAGACGAAAUCGAGGAAUACUAUGAACUCCGCCAGCAGCUCAAGGAACGAGGUCAAGACUUCCAAGCCGUCAUCACCCACCCGGCCUACUGCCUUCGCUUCCUCCAGCCAGGGCGUCUCGUUGAAGUGCGCGAAGGCGAGAAGGACUUUGGCUGGGGCGUCGUGAUCGCUUUCAACAAGGUAGUCAACCCCAGGGGUCGACCACCCAUUUGGACGGAUCAGGACCCCCCACAGAAGCAGUAUGUGGUCGACAUUCUGACGAGGAUUGCUUCUGGCUCGUCUGUCCCCAAGGACCGGUCUGCGUCAGAGCUGUCGCCCCCUGAUGAGGGAGACAAGGGCGAUGUGGCCAUCAUCGCCUGCUCGUUGUCGACCCUUCAAGCGAUAAGUCAGUACAGGAUCAAUCUUCCCAAAGACUUGCGCUCUCAGCAAGACAAGAACGCCGCGUUCCGAGCUGUCGGCGAAAUCAAGAAGCGAAUGCCCGAUGGACCUCCUCUGUUGGAUCCCAUCAAGAGCAUGGGUAUUGAAGACAAGUCUUUCAAAGACUUGGUCAAGAAGAUCUCCAUCCUGGAGAACAAGCUUCAAUCACUUCCCGUCACGACCUCCUCUGAACUUCCCCGUCUCUACGACCUCUACGACAGAAAACAACAAUCCAUCAACACUGUCAAAUCGCUCAAGCGCCGUAUCAACUCGGUGCAUGACAUCCUCCAGCUCGAAGAGCUCAAGUCGCGCAAGCGUGUACUGAGACGACUGGGCUUCACUACGGCGGAUGAUGUGGUUGAGAUGAAGGGCCGUGUGGCGUGUGAGAUCUCCACGGGAGAUGAGUUGAUGUUGACCGAGAUGAUGUUUGGCGGCACCUUUGGCACGUUGACUCCAGAACAAUGUGCGGCGUUGUUGAGUUGCUUCGUUUUCCAAGAAAAGUCGGAAGCGAAGGUGCGAUUAAAGGAAGAGCUUGCCACGCCCCUCAGAACUCUCCAGGAGACGGCCAAGAGAAUAGCCAAGGUAUCGACCGAGUCUGGUAUUGCGCUGGUGGAAGACGAGUAUGUGCAAAGCUUCAAGGUGGAGAUGAUGGAUGUAGUCCUGCAAUGGUGUAAGGGAGCCAAGUUUUCCGAGAUCUGUGCUAUGACCGAUAUCUUUGAAGGCUCUAUCAUCAGAUGUUUCAGGCGUCUACAGGAGCUCAUCCGUCAGAUGGGCGCGGCCGCCCACGCCAUUGGUAACACCGAGCUGGAGAAGAAGUUUGGGGAGAGUAUGGAUCUUUUGGAGAGACCCAACACUGUGGUGUUCAACCCUUCAUUGUACUUGUAGAACAUUUUAUCUCGAGGUUAUGGUUUUGCGUUAUGCAUCAAUAUGAGUCUCAAG